CGGGUCGAGAGAGGCUCGAACGGUGAAUCGGCACAGCUGAUUAAGGAUUUGAAUACGGCAGGACGCGCCUGUACAGCUGGUUGUCCAGCGAAACCAUCCCUACGAUUCUAAGAAGAUUUUCUGCGCUGCAUCACACAUCUGGUCAUCAGGGUCACCUAGACACAGUCCCACGCACGCCGCCGCAGCGAUAUGGCGUCCAGCAUCCGCAUAGAGGUCCUGACCCCAGCGAGGUACCGCGAAAACUAUGAGAUAGAACACGCCUUCCUGUCCUCGAAGAAGUUCUGCUGCGUGCUCCCGUGGUCGUGCUGCGGCGGCUUCGGCGAGUGGCGCGCGCAGCGCGAGAAGCAGGCGCCCGAGCACAAAGCGCUCUACGCCGUCGCCGUCGACGAGGCCACGGAUAAGGUCCUGGGCUUCGUGUACUGCUGCGGCCACGGCAUGAAAUGUGAUUUACAUAAACCGAAGCCGGGCGAGCUCUACGUCGAGGAAUUGGCCGUGAGCGCCGACGCGCGGGGCAAGGGCGUCGGCACGAAGCUUCUUCAGUGGGCCGAAGCGCAAGCGGUAUUGAGAGGCGACACCGUCAUGUCGCUCGCGGUACUACGGGGCAACCGGGCGCAGGGGCUGUAUCAGCGGUUCGGUUUCGAGGAGCAACCCCACCAGGACGGCUGCGACGAGUGCUGCGAGUGCUGCUUCGUGACGGUGUGCUUCGGCCGGCCCUACGGCUGCUGCCACGAGGGCUGGGGCAGCGCGUUCAUGACGAAGAGUUUACUGGAGAAGCCGGCCGUCGUCGUCGUCAACGCGAAGGGCCCCGUCGUCGAGGCGAUGGAGCGAUCGAGCGAAGACGUUAUCGUGGAGAGCGGCGUGGUCGUGCGGCCGCGGGGCCUCAUGCGCCAGGCGUCGCUGAACCGCGCCCUCUCCCGCUGAAAUUUUUGAUGUGUUAUAAGUAC